AGGAAUGGAUUGAGUCUGUCAGAUUCUGACUCCAUAUGUUUCCUUCCUUACCAUACACAAAUCCAAAGACCAUUGGAGAUGUUUCUAUGAGUUCUGGUAGCAUGAGACUAGUUCCAACCAGAGGCCUAGUUGUCUGCAGGUUCUGGUGGUGCUGGCCCAUCCCUUCACGUAUUUUCUUAUGAUCUCUUCUCUGUUACUCCUCUCAGCACACCUUCUCUGUGGCUUCCCUUAAGCAACCCGCCACCAUACCCACCAUUGCCAUCCCCCCUAGUGCUAUCCAUCCACCGACAACUAGUCCUUAAGAACACCACCACUGAUCUCUCUUUCACCAUAGAAUUGCCAUAUAGUUCUCGAUCGCUGCUUCUCUAGUGUUCUUCUCUUGCUUGUGUCACCAUCAUGGGCUGCUUUCUCAGACUCAAAUUCGGACACAAAAGAGACACCAAGAAAAUCGAUGCUGCUGCUGCUGCUGCUUCAAAUGGUACUGGUGAUCUUGACCCGAAAGAGGAAAAAGAUUUUGAUGGUACUAAUGGCUGUGCAAGGAAAUACAGUUGGAGUGAGAUUGAGAGGCUGUCAAUGAAUUUCUCUCAGAUUGUUGGAUCAGGAGGGUUUAGCACAGUAUAUUUGGCGCACUUGCGUGGUUCCAGCAUUGGGGCAAUCAAGAUUCACUGCCCAAGUGACUAUCUUAAUAGAGUCUUCAAGCAAGAACUAGACAUCCUGCUCCAACUUCAACAUGACAACAUUGUCAAGCUUCUAGGAUACUGUGACAAUCAAGACGAAGGUGCUUUGGUAUUUGAGUACGUUUCCAAUGGAACCUUGCAAGACAAACUCCAUGGUGCAGGAAGAGAAAUUAGGGAGUCAUCGAGAAGUACAGUACUUUCAUGGAGAAAGAGAAUGGCAAUAGCUUACCAACUUGCUCAAGCUCUUGAAUAUUUACAUGAAAAAUGUCCUCUCCAAAUUGUACAUGGUGACAUCAAACCUUCAAAUAUUUUACUCGAUGAGCAACUCAAUUGCAAGCUAUGUGAUUUUGGGUUCGCAAAGAUGGGAUUUUCUUCUACAGUAAUGAGUUCCAAUAAUAGGAAGCAAGUGAUGAUGGGUUCUCCGGGUUAUACUGAUCCACACUACCUUAGAACAGGAAUAGCAUCAAAGAAGAAUGAUGUGUACAGCUAUGGAGUCAUCAUUUUGGAACUCGUGACGGGAAUGGAGGCAUUUUGCGAGGAAAGAGGCCAGGGCCAGCUAUUGACAUCAAUGAUUGGACCCAUUUUGAAGAGCAUAAUUGCUAGUGGUGAUGAGUGCAACCCGACGAAGGUGGCAGAAAUGGUGGAUCCAAAAUUGGGAGGAGACUUCGAAGUCAAGGAAGUCAUGGCUAUGAUUUCCCUUGCAGCUCUUUGCCUUGGACAGUCUCCAAGUCUUAGGCCUUCUGCUGCACAAAUCCUGCAUACCAUCAAGGAGAAUGUAGCUUCCAUUUCCCUCCUCUGCACACAGCAAAAGGAUUUGCCAAAUAAAUGCUAGUAGAAACUUUCUGUCAGGAAUUACAGGGAUGAUGUUGAUGGCGUCAAAUUGUAAAUGAAAUGCACGUACAAGUUUUUUUUUUUUUUUUUUUUAAUUUUAAUAUCAUGUCAUUUAUUUGUAACAUGCAUACAAGUCAUUUGUUGAAAAGGAUUGUUGGCUAAGGACUUGUUCAGAUGGCAAUGAAAGUGAGACCUUGGUUCAAGAAGAGUAAAAAAUAAAGGUGUUUUCUUUAUUUUAUUAA